AUGUCGGAGAAGCUGUGGCGCGCGUUAGAAGUGGGUGUGGUGCCGAUCUACUUCGGUUCGCCGCUGGUCAGGGACUGGCUGCCGAACAACAAGUCAGCCAUACUGCUGGAGGACUAUCCCACGCCGGAGCUGCUUAGUCAACACCUUCAUUACUUACUGCAGAACGACACAGCUUAUGAUGAAUACUUGGAGCAUAAGACGCUAGGGCUGGUUUCUAAUAAGAAACUUUUAGACGAAAUCACAGCUAGACCGUACCAAAACAGUUUGAGCAAAAUUAUUGAAAAGUUUGAAUGUUUUGUGUGUGAGAGACUCCAUGAAAAGAAGAAAAUUGAUGUCCAAAUGAUGACGAAGAAAGACUACGACUGUCCACCGGCCAUCACGGCGUUGAAUUUUUCAUCAGAGCCUAACGGUAUGUGGCAGGAUUGGAUCCUACAUUCAAACAAGGAGGAAGAGGAGCGCCUCUUCCUCCUUGUUUGA